CGUCGCCAUCAUUCGUUACUGGAUUCGCAAGCACGCUCUGGGUUCAGACGACGCCGUCAUUGGGGCGGCUACAUUGGUGGCCUUUGGACAUAUUGGGGCAAGUUAUGCAAGCUAUGCGGCAGGGCUCGGCAAGCCUUGGUCUAGCAUUAUUGCCACUACUGCCCAGGAUGAUCUGAACAGUCUUGAUCAGGCCUCGGUUGCCUCAAUGGUGCUGUUCUUCAUUGCACUGUACUUGUCGAAGUGCGCCAUGAUUUCUUUCUUGAUCCGUAUCACAAAGACUCCGGUCCAAAUUCGAUUGUACCAUGCUUGUAAUGUUCUCGUUGCGAUUCUAGGCUCGGUGUCAGUCAUCGUAGUCACUGUUGGCUGCCCUGCCGCUUCUGGCUACUACUGGGCGUUCAAUGAGAACGCAUUUACGUGCGCGACUCAGGAUGUUCGAUGGCAAGCAGCAACAGCCCUCGAUUGCGUGACGGAAGUGCUGCUUCUUGCACUUCCUAUACAUCUAGUGUGGAUGUUGCAGAUGCGGUUAGCGAAGAAGGCCAUGAUAGUGACUGCAUUUUGGGUGCGAUUGCCUAUCCUUGGUCUAGCGAUUGGAAGAAACCAUUACACGCGUCAGCUCCGCCGACCGCAGACUGAUGCUGGUCUUGGAAGCGCUCUGGUCGUCAUCUGGCUGGAGAUUGAGCUCGCGUAUGCCAUUGCAGUUAGUACCAUGUCAGCGCUCAAGACCUUCACGGAGAGCUUCAAUACUGGCUUCGGCGUUAGCGUUGGACAAGUCCGCAGCAAGGGAGAUGGUUCGAACAGUUACGGUUUGUCCGACGUCUCGAAUUCGAAUUCGAACUCGGGCAGCGGAAACGAAAAGGACGCAGUCAGAAGCAACACACGGCCAAGCGAGUGCAUACCGCCCUCAGUUCUAGCAUCAACCACCCCAUCCGGACUGAAGCUGAGGCCGGAAACCAAGCUCCAGUCAUACACGGACAUACGUGCUGAACGGUAUGUGCUGGAGACUGCUAGUGUCGGCAGCGGUACCUCUGGUGACGAUAUGGUGAUUCUCCGCGAGACCGCCUAUGAAAUCCAGCAUGAUCAAGCGCCUAUGCUACCUUUGCGAAGCGGCUAAGGCAUGGGGAAUGGAUCUCGACCGG